AUGGAUUGUCAUCAUUUACGUGCUCUAAUAUUGAAAAUCCAAGAUUAUCUUAGUGAUGAUGAUCGAAAACGUUUGCAUUUCUUUUUUGGUAAUGAUAUUCCACGACGAAUUCGAGAUGAUCCAUCACUUGGUGGUACUCUUAAUCUGAUGGAAAGUCUCUUUGAUCAAGAUAAAAUCAGUGAACAAGAUUUCACUUUUUUAAUCAAUGCAUUUGAUGAAAUUAAUUGUCUGAAUGCGGUUCAUAUUUUGAGAGAACACAUGAGAAAAAUGCAAACAAAUGGACAACACCAAUCGACACAAACGUUAGCAACGAUAUUACUUCAAGAUCCCGACGAAACAGACAAAUAUGCGCAUCCGAAUUGUGAGUAA